AUGUCUCUUCCAGUAUUUCGAAGCACAACUCGUGCAGUCCGUUGCUUGCCGAGGGCGGCAGCUCUACCCUGCGCCCGUGCAGGUGGCGUGACGAGGUUGAUCUCAACAAACAGCUUGGAGGGCCAACAACGGCUCCUGUCUGCCAAUCUUCAACAGGCCGAUCCCGCCGUCUACGACAUCAUUGAAAAGGAGAAAACAAGACAGAAGCAUUUUAUCAAUCUCAUCCCCUCCGAGAACUUUACCUCACAGGCCGUUCUCGAUGCUUUGGGCAGUGUUAUGCAAAACAAGUACUCAGAGGGCUACCCCGGCGCAAGAUACUAUGGCGGAAACGAGUUCAUCGAUCAGUCAGAGCGUCUCUGCCAGCAGCGAGCUCUGGAAACGUUUGGCCUCGAUGCGAAGCAAUGGGGUGUCAACGUACAAGCUCUGUCUGGUGCCCCGGCCAACUUGUAUGUCUACUCUGCCCUGAUGGACACUCACGACCGCCUCAUGGGCCUGGACCUCCCCCACGGCGGGCACUUGUCGCACGGCUACCAGACACCGACCAAGAAGAUCUCCGCCAUCUCCAAGUACUUUGAGACGGUCCCCUACAGGCUUGAUGAGACCACCGGCCAGAUUGACUACAACAAGCUGGAGGAGUUGGCCAUGCUCUACAGACCCAAGGUGAUUGUCGCUGGAGCUAGCGCCUACAGCAGGUUGAUAGACUACAAGCGCAUGCGCGAGAUUUGCGACAAGACCAACGCCUAUCUCCUGGCCGACAUGGCUCACAUCUCGGGUCUGGUUGCUGCCAAGGUUAUGCCCGGCCCCUUUGCCUACGCCGAUAUCGUUACGACCACCAGCCACAAGAGCUUGCGAGGACCCCGUGGCGCCAUGAUCUUCUUCCGCAAGGGCGUACGCCGGCAGAACGCCAAAAAGGAGGACGAGAUGUAUAACCUCGAGGGUCCCAUCAACGCCUCCGUUUUCCCCGGCCACCAGGGAGGUCCUCACAAUCACACAAUCACCGCCUUGGCCGUCGCUUUGAAGCAGGCUCAGGCUCCCGAGUUCCGCGCCUACCAGGCUCAGGUUCUGGCCAAUGCCAAGGCUCUCUCCCAGAGACUGGGUGCGUCCAAGGAGAAGGGAGGCUUGGGAUACAGCAUCGUGUCAGGCGGCACCGACAACCACCUUAUCCUGGUGGACCUGAAGCCCCAGGGCAUCGACGGUAGCCGUGUCGAAAGGGUACUGGAGCUCGUCGGCGUUGCCGCCAACAAGAACACGGUUCCUGGCGACAAGUCGGCGUUGGUGCCCGGUGGACUGCGCAUUGGUACGCCUGCCAUGACGACAAGAGGGUUUAACGAGGAGGACUUUGGUCGCGUGGCCGACAUCAUCGACCGCGCUGUCACCAUUGCUAUCCGGAUUAACAAGAGCGCCAAGAAGGCGGCCGAGGAGAAGGGGGAGAAGAAGCCCGGUCUGCUGAGACACUACAUGGAACAUCUUGGUGACGGGGAAAAUGACCCUGAGAUUGUCCAGCUGCGGUCCGAGGUGGCCGACUGGGUGGGCACCUACCCGCUGCCUUGGGAUAUCCACUCGUCUUGA